UCUGUUUUGCUCCAGCUGCUGCUGCUUCUCGUCACCUGAUUGGCGGAGCACCGUCUUGCAGCUGUGAUGUCAUUUCCUUUCGAGAGACGAGCGUCUAACGGUCUUCUUUCACGUCUCUUCUGUAAAUGUGUUUGUUAUCCGAGGCUUCGACAUUUUCUCUGUAAUUUACGGGGCCGUUUUUAAUAUUUUGACGGUCAUGAGAGCUGCGGAUGUGACGAGGAGCCUGUACGGUUUGGAAACAUGAGUCGCCGAGAUAACGUCCACGAAAUGGUUGAAAACGAGAACAUGAACGCCCGUCGGCAGUGUUUUUCGAUGAAAUGGUGAGAUAAAGAUGUCAAAAGACCUGUAGGCCAAGAAAGACCACCCUGGCCAGUAUCUCCCAUUGACUUUUUAAGAUCAAAAACAAAUUCUCCUCUGCAACCAGCAUGUCGAUAAUGGACCACAGCCCCACCACAGGCGUGGUGACAAUCAUUGUGAUCCUCAUUGCCAUCGCUGCUCUGGGGGCACUGAUCUUCGGAUGCUGGUGCUACCUGCGCCUGCAGCGUAUCGGCCAGUCUGAGGAUGAGGAGAGCAUCGUUGGAGAGGGAGAGACCAAGGAGCCGUUCCUGCUGGUGCAGUACUCCGCUCGAGGCCCUCGGGUCGAGCAUAAGACCAAGCUCACCCCUAAUGGCACCGAAAGCCACAGCUAAUUUCUUUUCUUUCUCUUUAGAAGCACAUGUUUUGUGUGAUGAUCCACAGGGAUCAAACUUGUUGGCUUCUACUGUAUGUGAGAGGUUAUAGAAUGUUCAGCACUUAAGUUUAAGAAGAGGGGCUUUAGGUUGUACCAGAAAAAAAACAAAACCAAUGCAUGCGUUUGUCUAGCUGCUUUUAAGUCACCCUUUGAAUUUUUACCCCCUUUGUGGUUGUCCAGUGGAACCCUGUUAUAAUGUGAAACUGAAGAUUUUCUGCAUUAUGUACACUAGCUGGCCUUUAUUUACGUUAAAUCAUGCACUGUGUCUUAAAAAGGCACAGGUCGGUCCACUGUCAUGGUGUUUUAGAAGAACUCUAAUUUCAACCAGAGCUGGCUCUGGUGUGAAGUCAAUUCAUGCAAUGGUUCAACUGAGAAAAUUAUAGGAGAUUGGUUACAGUGUUUGACAUAUUUGACAUAUUUUAUCUUUUUCUUUGGAGGAAGUAGUGGUGCACAUCUGAAAUGUUCCUUGAUACAGGAGGCAUAGUAAUUGUAUAAUGCAUUAGACAUCUAAAUUAAACCUAUUAUGAGUAGCUGAAGAUCUGGUGACUACUCAGGAGCCUUUGAUUAUACAUGGAACUAAUGCCGAGUCUUUGAAUAGGAUUUGACAUGCAGUCAAAGAACUUUGUGCUGAAAAGUUUAAUUUAGUCACACUUCUGAGAUAUUCUCUGCCAUCUGCUUUAUUUGUAACACAGAGAUGAGCAUUUUCACAUAAAGUCAUUAUACAUGCAGCAUUAGUUGCUGUUCUAGUUCUACACUGCUAAGAAGCCAUCAUGAAAGAGAGCCAAUGACUGGGUCCCAGUGUGUAGAGUUACACUGGCAAGAUCCCAGAGGUGUUCAUUAUGGUGGCUGAGCACAUGUCUUUGUGGAAGGUCAGCGUGUAAAUAUUAUUUUUAUAGACCUUUACAUUCAUCACACUGAAAAUUACUGAAAGAGACAUUGUAGCCUGUUUUUUGUUGUUCUUGUCCUUUGAUCAUUAGCCAUUUGUACAUGAUGUGAGAAACGAAAUGAGAGAAAGUGAUUUAUUUUUAUAUGAUAUUCAUGCAGACUACAUUUGUAGAAUUCAUUGAUCAAAUUUUUUGCGUUCAGUCAGUGGGUCUUGGAAUCUGGCAGAAGGGAGACUGAAAAUGCCAAAACAAUCAUGUUUUUUUUGUCAUUGUUAUACUAAUAUAGAACUACUGUAGCCUAUAGUACCUACAGACCUAGCAUACUGCCAAGGUAUGCCUUUCUGAGAGUGCUGUUGUAUUUCUGUGAAUUGAAGAUUUGUUCACUUAAAUUUCCAUGAAAACACCCCACUACGUGGAUCAGAGUACAGCAUGUUAAUGCUGCCUACAUCUUUGUAACCAUGCUGUUUUCAAUCAGGCAUAUAUGUUGCUUUAUUUCACUCUAACAGAAUUUCUAGUGAUCUGCUGUACUGAAAAAUAAAAUCUCUUCACGUGUG